AUGGCUCCUCGCAAGGACGCUACCGGCAACGUCAUUUUCAAGAAGAACAAAGGUCUAAAGAACCACAAGAAGGCGCAGAAAGAGAAAGCGCUGGCGAAGCGCACCGCCGCCGCCGAGAAGACUACCGCGAACAAGGCUUCGUAUGCGCCGGUCGCUGCCAUGGUUAUCAACAAGACUGCACCUAUAACAGGGGACGUUAUUGGAAAUGCAGGACCGGCGCCCAUGGUAAAGACUUCUGCGCAGGUCAUCGUGGAGUCGUCCGAUCUUUCUCGAGACGAGUCGGCCACUGACGACACGGCGCUCACCAACAUCGGGGUUCUUACUGGAACACACACCACUACCGCUACCAAGACCGCUACGCCGCAACCGCACCUCUGCACACAUUUGCCCGUCGUUGUAUUCGAAGACGUUCCUACUGGCUCCAAGAAUAAUGCUCCAACCAAGGUAGCCAGCAACCCAACCGAACUCGAGCAAGAGCCCAACAGUAUAUCUUAUCCCAAGACUGCUCCCUCUCCUCUAACAUUCAACAUCUUGCAACCCAGCAUUACCCCUUCUUCUCCAAAACCCAACACCACACAAAUCAGCAUGCUCAACCCCACCGCCCCAGCAUUCCUCUUCGGAAAGAUCGUAGUCGCCCAAACUCCACCCGUCUCCAUCACCCUCACGAAAGAAGACACCGCCCCGGGAUGGCCCACCGAAAACGCAAAAGCGUUUGAAAAGGCCUAUGGCGUUAUCGCCCUGCACAAAGCUCUGGAAGCCGGGCUGUACGAAAAUAUGGAGACGCCGCGCCAGAGGCUGAUUCGCUGCAAGUACAGGGUUUCUGUUGACGCCGAGUUCCAUCGGGAGGAGCCGGUGUGUGACUUGGAGUGGGCGUUGGCCUUGAUUGGCAAGCCAGUUCGCAAGUGUUUUGACGAUAACGGCUUCCACAUCACGCCGAUUAAGACGGGCUUGACUGAAGCCGAUUUAACGGGUCCAUCAGCUCUCGACGAAUUAUUCGCAAAAGUCAAGGCUGAAGGCAUCUCCAAGAUCAGCGCUCCCAUCUCCACAGGUUACAAAUCCCCCAUCUCCGGUGCUACAUCAACAAAGCCGCCAGUUCCGUCUCGUACCCUGGAGUCCAUCGAAGCUGAAAUGCGUCUCGCCGCCCCAAAACGCCCUUCCCACGCCCCCUCGUUCGCAGACCCCGGUAUCAUCAAGUACACCUUCAACGGCCAGGAUUUCGACAACGUCGGCAACCCUCUCACAGAAACCGUGAGUCAGAAGGUACUCGGUUGGCUUGAAGACCAGCCAACUGAUCCACCAGAACUCUCACCGGGUUCUUCGCGGCAGCAGAGCCGCGAGGCUUCGCCGCUUGAGCUGGGGAAGGGAAAUGUGGCUCUGACGUUUUGUUCAAAGUCUGAGUCUGAGGGAGGACAGGUUUGGCCUGCGCAGGAGAGCUUGCCUUGGGGGAAUGGGAAUAUGCAAGAUGGGUAUACGCAUGGGUCUGGUGUACCGGUGUAUCCGUAUGUUGCUUCUGUCGUUCGGGUCUCUGAAACCUUUCCUGGUUCAUGCGGAGAACCAGAGUAG